GAUGCAUUUCUCCAUAUCUCUUUAGCCGAUAGAAGAAAUUUUGCAGAGAAAGCGUCAAUGAAGGUCCAACGGUCAACUUUUUUCGCGGUGACCGGAAAAUCAAAUCUUCAUCACUUUCACUCGUCUUCUCAGGGAAUCACCAUUUCCGAGCUUGAUUCACGACAGUUUUUGUCUAAAUUACUUGAGAGAAAAUGGGGAUUACAUAGUCCUGCAUCUCCAAUUCAGCAGAUUAGUGUUUCUUCUGCUAAAGGAAUCGAUAAAUUCUCCUUUUUGAACAACACUUGUCCACAUCUCGGAGAUGAAAUGUCGAAGUCGAAGCAAGAUUCGUCUUUUUACAUUCUUAGAGAUGAUCUUUUACAUCCUCUUGUGAAUGGUAACAAAGCUAGAAAGCUUGAUGCUUUGUUACCACUUCUUGAAGAUUAUAAAGUGACUGACUUGGUUACAUGUGGAGGUUGUCAAAGUGCACAUACAGCUGCAGUUGCUGUUUCUUGUGCUGAGAGAGGUCUAAGAUCACAUUUGCUACUGCGUGGAGAACAACCCGAGGUUUUGACUGGUUAUAACCUUGUUUCAACUAUGUAUGGAAAUGUUCAGUAUAUUCCAAGAUCGAGGUAUGCGAAUAGAGAGGAAAUGUUGAGAUCUCAUGCUGCUAUGGUCGCUGGGGAAGAUGGUUCUGUCUUAUGGGCUAAAGACAUUGUUGAGGGGCUUGAGGUUAUGGAUCAUUUUUCGAGUUCCAAAGCUUCUCGUAGAAAGGUUUUGAUCGUUAAUGAAGGCGCUGGAGAUGCUCUUGCAUUACUUGGUAUGUUUCGGUUAGUGCAGUAUUUAUCACAAGAUCAUUUACUCGGGAAGAAGAGGCCGGUUAAAUUUGUAGUUGAUGCUGGUACUGGAACAACUGCUGUGGGCUUAGGAGUUGCAGCUAUGUCUUUAGGGCUUCCAUGGGAGAUCAAUGCAGUGAUGCUAGCUGAUACAUUCGAAAAUUACAAAAGACAUGAAGAUCGCUUGAUAGCAGAACUUACAAGGCAGUUUCCUACCUCGGUCUUCUGCAGCAGCUUGGAUAUGAAUCAAAUGAUCAAAUGGGUAGAUCGUCAACACCCGAGAAAAUUUGGGAAGGUCUUGGAAGGAGAAGUGCAAAUGUGUCGGAAAAUUGCACAGGAGACGGGAGUUUUAGUGGAUCCAAUGUAUACUUUAGCUGCUUGGGAGACAGCAACAGAGCUAGUGCUCGACGAGAAAUCGAGCAUUGUAGUGAUGCUUCACACUGGAGGCACUCUAGGGAUGUUUGGUCUUGCUCAAAGAUACAAAUCUUGCUUCACUAACUUGAAAGAUUUUGAUACAAUUUCCAAGACUUAGAGCCAGAAAUCUAAAGAUGGUUAGAUUUGUAAUUUGUAACUUCAAUUUCGGUUCGGUUAUAUUGAAAUUUUGUUCGCUCAGUGUUUGGUUUGGUUUUGUAUGUACGGUUCCCGAAAAGAAUCAUACUUGUAGAACAAAUAAGAAAAUUUAAAUACGUUU